AUGCAGUCGAUGAGCGAUCGAAUAAAUAAUUUUACUUCGUUUUCAUAUGGGAAAAGUGUUAUUUUAGGCGAACUCAGAAUGGGGAAUUGGUUCGCUACGCUUUUCAAAGGCUUGUUUGGUAAAAAGGAAAUGCGCAUUUUGAUGGUAGGCUUAGACGCAGCCGGCAAAACCACCAUACUCUACAAGCUUAAGUUGGGAGAAAUCGUUACAACCAUUCCUACAAUCGGGUUUAACGUUGAAACGGUCGAAUACAAAAACAUAAGUUUUACGGUUUGGGAUGUCGGUGGCCAAGACAAAAUUCGUCCUCUUUGGAGGCACUAUUUCCAGAAUACUCAAGGCCUUAUCUUUGUCGUUGACAGCAAUGAUCGGGAACGUAUUGGGGAAGCUAGGGAGGAGUUGAUGCGUAUGCUAGCCGAAGAUGAGCUUCGUGAUGCGGUGUUGUUAGUUUUUGCGAAUAAGCAGGAUUUGCCAAACGCGAUGAACGCUGCUGAGGUGACGGAUAAGUUGGGAUUACAUACGUUACGCAAUCGCAGUUGGUACAUUCAGGCAACUUGCGCGACGUCUGGCGAUGGUCUCUACGAAGGACUUGACUGGUUGGCCAAUCAGCUGAAGAACCGCAAUUGA